AGAGGGAGUGUGUGAGAGUGUGCGGGAGAGAGAGGGAGGGAGUGUGUGUGAGAGAGUGUAAGAGAGAGAGAGAGAUAGAGAGGGAGUGUGUGAGAGAGAGACAGUCAGAAAGAGAUACAGUCAGAGAGAGAGACAGUGAGAGAUACAGAGAGAGAGAGAGUAAGUUAGAAAGAGAUAGUCAGAGAGAGAAAGAGAGAUACAGAGAAAGAGAUACAGAGAGAGAAGGUGUGUGUGUGUGUGUGAGUGAGAGAGAGAGAGAGAGAGUGAGUGAGAGAGAGAGAGAGAGAGAGAGAGAGAGCAUUUAAACCUCUGGCACGGAACCAGACCCCAGUAUAGGGUUUCCUCUGGUGGUAAUGGAGAUCUUCUGUUUGGCCGCUCUAUCUUCAGUUUCCUGAUCUUCAGCUGAUCUGCGGCUCUGUGGAGGAGUUACUCCGCCCGGACUGGACCUGUUGACUCGGUGGGGGGUUCUGGUGGAGUCCGGGUGUGGGGUAGAGCGGGGGUAGGAUCGUGAGCGGCGGGUUCUGGUUCGGGUUGGGGGGGAGAAUGGGUCGGCGGGGGGAGAGCUGGGGCUGCUGCUGCUGCUGAUAUGCCAACGGUGUGGAAGCAGGUGGUGUUCUCCCUCGGCUCGGUUCUGAGUAUCGGUUCGGUGGUUCUGCUGGUGGUGGCGCUCUCCACGGAGCGCUGGGUCACCGGCACGGUGCUGUGUCAGACCGGGGUGGACCUGGUGAACGCAUCCAGCCCCGAGCUCGCGCUGUUCACCGGGGACAUUUACUACGGGCUGUUCCAGGGCGGGAAGACCCGGAGGUGCGGGCUCGGGAGCCGGAGAUACAAAAUCUACAUUUUUCCAAGAUUGAUUAGAAAAAUCAACGGCGGCCUUCACAUGAUCAUAAUCUUCUUUCACUUCAUCGCUAUUGGCUUUGCACUGGUGAGUCUGGCCUUCUGUAUUUACAAUGCCAGAAAAGUGCCUUACCAGUCCAUCAAAGGACCUCUGGGACUCUACCUCUGGAACUUUAUAGCAGCUUUGUUCAGUUCACUGGCUUUUGCCAGUUUCCUCGCAGAGUUGCAGUGUCAUCGGCUGACAGAGCAUGUGGCAAACUUUAGUGAGAACCUAUUCCACCUUGUGGUUCUAGAAGAAAAGCUAGGGUUCUCUUUUUGGCUUAGUGUUGGCAGUGCAGUCACCCAUGCAGCUAACAUUUUGGUUGUGGCUUCAAGCAAAAUUCACCUGCCCAAAAUACAGACUAAAAAACCAGAGCAACCGACCAUCACAGGAGAAGAUCUACUGUACUGAAAACCUGCAGCUCAGAUCAGCUUAUACCUCAAAACAGUGGAAAAACUCGAAACGUUUCUGGAAUUUGGAAAUUAUCAUGGAUUUCAACGGAAAUGUACACUGACAUGGGACAAGUCAUGGGACAAGAGAAAAAUAACUUAAUCAUUCUCCAUUAAGAGUCCUAAUCCUUUACUGAUAUACUGUAAUUCAUUUUAUAGCUAGGUAUUUUCAAACUAUAUAUAAUUUAUUUUGAAUAAAUAUUUGUAUCUUUAUAAGGUUUUAGGCUCACAUAUUUAGUGAUUGUUAAGUUCUGGGCUCUACUUUUGCCAUAUAUUUAGAGGAGUUUAGAGAUGUUUUGAAUGUUAAAGAAUGUAAGUACUUUGAUUUUUACUAAAGCAUAUACAUUUUUAAAUGUCUUACUCCCUUACUCCUCUCUAUUAAAUACUACCGUCAGUUUAAAAUAUUUAUAAGUAUGUAUGUCUUCAAAGGGAAAUAUGAGUUUUUUUAUUCAUUUUGGGUUUUUAGAAAUAAGCCUGCAUUGAUAAAGUUUGUAAAAAACAAAAAGUUUAUUGGACUUGGACCAGUUCUACUCCUGGAGUCGAACUGAAUUGAUUACUAGUUAUUAGUUAUUAAAUUAUGCACUUAGAAUAUGACUUUGCUUUUUUUAAAUCAAUCAAAAGUGGGGUCUGAUUGGUCUGAUUGAUCAUGCUGCUUUGCCGCCAUCAGCUGCCAGAGUCAGAGAGAGCACAAUUGGCCAAGCUAUUUCUCGUCUGUCUUCCCCCACAUCACUCCCAGUGUGAUGUUGGUCACAGGUGUCUGUAAGCUGUAUACAUUUUAGCCUGGUUGCUGUUUUUUUUUUUGGACCAUGCUGGCUUUACAGCAGUUUGAUGUGGAGGUGGAGUCUGACCUCACAUGUGUCUCAAAAAUAAUUUGGAAUAAAAUCUUUUCACACUGAAUUACAUAAAAGGUUUUUUUUAUCUUCCUUCCAUCUUAGAUACAAGAAGUCUGACACACACAAUAUUUGCAAAGAUUUAAUUUAUAUUGGUAUUUGGUUUAAAACUUAUUAAACAAUUUUAGUACACUGUUUUACUACUACAACUUUACAGGUAAUUGCAUACCCAAGAUAAUACAUUCAAUGAUUUUUACAUUAUUGUGUCCUUGUGUAUUUAUGGAUGUAUGUAUUUAUUUAUUAAUUAAUUAAUUAAUUUAUUUGUUUAUUUUAAAGAUUUUGUAGAACCACAAUUUAGUUGUAGAGCACAUUGUACAUCCACAUGUUACAAUAAAAACGUAUUGAGAACACAGUCAUGUAUCUUUUUUCUCAGCUUCUGGGUUCUUUUAAGAUCAGAUCCCAAUAUGCUGUAAUUUUUCAAUAUGCUUUAAUAGUUUUGCAUUCAGGAUGCACAGGGUAUAA